AUGGAGCUCUCUCUGUGGAUGCUGCUUUCACUCGGUGUCUCCGUCCUCCUCCUCCUCCUCCUCCUUUCUAGAGCCACAAAGAGGUCAUCAAAGUCCCGCGGUCAGCGGCUUCCACCUGGGCCGACUCCACUCCCAGUUGUCGGCAACCUGUUCGAGCUCGGCGACAAACCCCACCGUUCCCUCGCCCGCCUCGCCAAGGUCUAUUCCCCAAUCAUGACUCUCCGCCUCGGUCAAGUGAACACUGUGUUCGUCUCGUCCCCGGAAAUGGCAAGGCAAAUCCUGCAGGAGAACGAUGCAGUCCUCUCCAGUCGUUGGAUCCCAGAAUCU